AUGGCGCAGCAGACUCCGCACACUCCGGUCCAGAUUCCUCAACCAAACCCCAACAACGAACCCGGGCCCGCAGGACCAAACGGGCGACACCCGGCCCAGGACGAUCCAGUCCGUCUUGCUGCGAUGGCAAAUUGGCCUAGGGACUACAUCUAUCCAUUCCGGGACGUCCCGGCCCCUCAACAAGACCCAAACAACGACCCCGGGCCCACAGACCCAGACGGGGGGCAGUUAGUCCAGGACGAUCCGGCUCUUCUUGCUGAAAUGCCAAAUUGGCCUCAGGACUACAUCUAUCCCGUCCGGGGCGUCCUGACUCCUCUACAAGACCCAAACAACGACCCAAACGUCGAGCCCCAAGUACCAGACGGGUCACAACUGGCUCAACAUGUUUCCGUCGAUGUUGUCGGAAUGCCAAAUUGGCCUCAAGACUAUAUCUAUCCCGUCCGGGACUUCUCGGCGACCAGUCAACCAGACCCAAACAACGAUCCCGGGACCACGGAACCAAACGGGCGGGCGCCGGCCCCGGCCCCUCCCGUCCGUCACGCCUCACUACCGAUCCCUCAACCAGACCUAAACAACGGCACCGGGUCCAUAGAACCAAACGGGCCUCAGUCGGCUACAAUGCUGGAUCGGCCUCACGAUUCUCCCAUACAACCUGACCCACAGAACCGCCCCGAUGCCAAUGGAUCGAACGGAGGGAAUAAGCCUGACAAGAACAAACGACAGAAGAGAGGCGGUCGCCAGCCAGGAGUAGCAGAGAUCGUGCGACAACUGCACCCCAACGCGCUCUACGUCUCCAGGUCUCACGCACCAGGUUAG